CAAAUGGCGGAUGACGCCGGUGCAGCGGGAGGGGCCGGAGGCCCCGGGGGCCCAGGCAUGGGAGGCCGCGGCGGCUUCCGCGGAGGCUUUGGCAGUGGCCUUCGAGGUCGCGGGCGCGGCAGAGGCAGGGGCCGGGGCCGAGGCCGCGGGGCUCGCGGCGGUAAGGCCGAGGACAAAGAGUGGAUUCCGGUCACCAAGCUGGGCCGUCUGGUCAAAGACAUGAAGAUCAAAUCCCUGGAGGAAAUCUACCUUUUUUCCUUACCCAUCAAGGAGUCCGAGAUUAUUGACUUUUUCCUGGGCACAUCUCUCAAGGAUGAAGUUCUGAAGAUCAUGCCUGUGCAGAAGCAAACUCGUGCUGGCCAGCGGACCAGGUUCAAGGCAUUUGUCGCCAUUGGGGACUACAAUGGUCAUGUUGGCCUGGGUGUAAAGUGUUCCAAGGAAGUAGCCACUGCCAUUCGUGGGGCCAUUAUCCUGGCCAAGCUCUCCAUUGUCCCUGUCAGGAGAGGCUACUGGGGAAACAAGAUCGGCAAGCCCCACACUGUUCCUUGCAAGGUAGAUCCUUGGGGGUGAAUGAUGAUGGGUUUG